UCAAGCAAUAUAGAAGCACAAAAUCUAACACCUGUCUCAGAAUUUUAUCUCCUGGGACUCUCAAAGGAUCCAGAACUGCAACCUGUCCUCUUUGGACUAUUCUUGUGUAUGUACCUGCUCACAGUCCUUGGGAACCUGCUCGUCAUACUGGUUAUUACCUGUGACUCACACCUCCACACACCCAUGUACUUCUUCCUCUCCAACCUCUCAUUUACUGACAUCUGUUUCAUCUCCACCACUGUUCCAAACCUGAUUUUGGACAUCCAAAUUCACAGUAGGGUCAUCUCAUAUGUGGGGUGCCUGGUGCAAAUGUCUAUAUAUAUUAUUUUUGGAACUAUGGAUGACAUGCUUCUGACUGUGAUGGCCUAUGACCGGUUUGUGGCCAUCUGUCACCCCCUGCAUUACCCACUUAUUAUGAAUACUCGUGUAUGUGUACUCUUAAUUUUCCUGUCCCUUUUGGUUAGCAUUUUGAACUCACAGCUGCAUAAUUUGUUUGCCUUACAAUUUAAUAAUUUCAAAGAUGUUGAACUUUCAAAUUUUUUCUGUGAUCCAUCUCAUGUAUUUAAUCUUAUCUGUUCUGACACAUUCUCAAAAAACGUUGUGAAAUAUAUUGCAGGUAUCAUAUUUGGUUUUUUCCCCAUCUCAGGAAUCAUUUUAUCCUACUAUAAAAUUAUAUCAUCCAUUCUGAAGAUACCAUCAUCAGAUAGUAAGUUUAAAGCCUUUUCAACAUGUGGGUCUCACCUCUCCGUUGUUUGCUUGUUUUAUGGAACAAGCAUUAGUGUGUACCUUAGUUCAGGAAUAUCACAGUCUCCUAGAAGUGUUUUGGUGGCCUCAGUUAUUUACACCGUGGUCAAUCCUAUGCUAAAUCCCUUCAUCUACAGCCUAAGGAAUAGGGAUAUCAAAUGUUCUCUUAGGAGAAUCCAGAGAAGAAAAAUCCAUCUCAGUUUCUGA